AUGGGGUCCGCAACAAAAACAGCACAAGGAUUUUCACCAAGACUGGAGAUAGAAGCAUCGGGUGAUUUGACCUGUAUGACGGUUCGGUCAAGAACAUCAAGUGUGGGUGGUAAAACUGAAGACAAAUUACGGUUAGGGAACAUUGAUGAGUUAGCGGAAUUUCAACCCAUGGAGGUAUUAAUAGUAGCAAUGGAUGCUGAAGGGGUGGAUGGACCCCCUAGCAGCGAAAUGACUGAUUCGUUAUUAAAUGUAAGUAUUUACCAGACUGUAGAUACCACAAGGGAUGAUGGUUUAGAUGUAAUAGCCUUAUCUGAUUCAAAUUAUUGUGAUGCAAACAAUUGUGUGACUAUUAAUGGAACAAAUGAAGUUUAUUUUAACAGUGAAACAAAUUUUUUGCCAAAGACUAGCAUAAUUACUGAUGUGCCUUUAGUAAAUAAUAAGGCUGGAUUGUUAUUUAAUAGCAAUACUGAUAUGAAUAAUGCUGUAAACGUUUUAGAAGACAGCGAGAAUAAUUUAGACAUUAGCGGGUUAAUUGAUUUAAUACAAGAAGGGAAUUAUGUUACAGACCCUACUGAACCUAUUAUUAUAUUUAAUCAACAUGGGGAUUUUAAAAUGUACAAUUAUUCUAGUACCCCUGCUGUAUGGCCUGACACAGCAGUACAAUAUAGUACUAACAUUAGUAGGGCACCUGUGACUGACAAUGAUGGCAACCUACACAAUGAUCUGCCAUGGCAGCUGCUUAGUAAAUUUUAUAACCAGCUUGGAAAAGUAGACCUCAACAUUCUGCCAGAUACACAUACCAACAUUCCAAAAUUACGGGAUGGAAAAGUUGGAGGGCAGUUCUGGGCUGCAUACGUACCAUGUGGUACCCAGUAUAAGGAUGCAGUGAGAAUGACACUGGAACAGAUAGAUGUCAUUCAUCGCAUGUGCAGCAAGUACCCAGAGACAUUUCAACUGGUCACCAGCAGCUCUGAACUACUGGAAGCCUUCAGCAGUGGCAAAAUUGCCAGCCUGAUAGGUGUGGAAGGUGGACAUUCUAUUGACAGUAGCUUGGCGACACUUCGUAUGUUCUACAACUUGGGAGUCCGAUAUAUGACACUGACACACAGCUGCAACACUCCAUGGGUAGACAACUGGAAAGUUGACAGUGGGGAUGACCCAGCAGAAAGCAAUGGUCUUUCAGAUUUUGGAAAGAGAGUCAUUCAAGAGAUGAACCGGAUGGGAAUGAUAAUCGAUUUGGCCCAUGUCUCUGUGAAGACAAUGAAGGAUGCACUGGAGUUAUCUAAGGCCCCAGUCAUCUUUAGCCAUUCUUCAGCCUAUAAGAUCUGUGAACACAAACGUAAUGUUCCUGACGAUGUUCUGAGACUAGUAGGCCAAAAGAACGGUGUUGUUAUGGUGAAUUUCUAUAAUGACUAUGUGACAUGUAGUCCAAAAGCAAACCUCUCAGAUGUUGCAGAUCACUUUGAUCAUAUUAAAAAUACUGCGGGUUAUAAGGCUGUUGGAUUUGGAGGAGACUAUGAUGGUGUUUCCAACGUUCCUACUGGCUUAGAAGAUGUUUCAAAGUACCCUGACCUUGUGGCAGAGCUCUUAAGACGAGAAUGGACAGAUAUUGAAGUGAAAGCUGCUCUUGGAGAUAACUUACUUAGAGUGUUUUCUGAUGUGGAACAGGUUAAGACAUCACUGUCUAACACAACGUCUGACGAUGAGCCAAUUGCACUAGAAGUAGUCAAGAAUCCGUGUCGAACAAAUUAUGGAUAUCCAGCUGGAAACAUUGCUUCCUCUAACAGUUUUGUGCCUGGAAUACUGGUUCUGUCAAGUUUUGCAAAGUUUCUCUUUCCAUGAGACAGUGGAAUGCCACAACUGCUCUUACUGGUGCAAUACAAGAACUGUGAUUUCUGCAUUUUCAAUAUCAUCUUAUUCCUGGAACUAAUCUCUGGUACUCCCUUCCUGGUGUAUCGCCAGCAUGUAACCUUGAAUGGGCAUUUCCCAUGUGUGUUGUACAGUACAGAGCUAACUCCUUAAUGGAUCCAGCUGAUAUGGUAUAAUGUCAUCUCAUUUAAUUACAUUUGCUCUAUGACAGAAAAUAUGUCCUGGUCGUUAUCCAGGUGCAGCAGGUUGCAUAGCUGUUCACAACACUGGACACUCAAGUAAUAUUACAACAUACAAUACUGUUCAGGCUUGGACUAUGUAAAUAGUGGUUGUGCUGAUGUUAACCCAAUUGGCUACAUUACGUAAUAUUACCUUCCUUGCAUUCCUGUCACAGAUUUAAAAGAUGUACCUAAAAUUACGAACAACAAUUGACAAACAUUAGAACUCUAGGUCCUUUAAUACAUUCGUGUUCUAUGGAUUGCCUCAUAUGAGGAGGUUGUAAUGAAUGAGGCCGUAGCGAAGGAAACAAACUAAAUGAGACAACUUUUCAUCCCAUUCCAUUGUUCACUGCUGCAGAGGACAGGAGCAGAGGAACCAGGAGUCCAAAACAAAAUUCUAGUUAAGAGCUGUGGUUUAUACAUCACCAAUUAUAUGGCAUAUGCUAUGUCCAGAUGUUUUUACUUUUUCUUUCAUUUCAGUUUCAGUUCUCUGAGAAUGUAAGUUCAUUCCAGAUGCCAUUCCACGCUACUGUGAAAUGUUUACUUUUUAAUGAAAGGUACACAGGCACAUUUGUGUUUUUCAUUAAAAUAAUGUUAUAAACAGUUAGACAGACAGACAAAUGCAGCGUGAGAUAGUUUAAAGAUCUGCAAACGACAAAAAAAGUAUAUGCCCACAUUUUGCAAUGGAUAUUGUAGGUUUACCAUUGGACUGGUAUAAUCAAAUC